GGCAAAAAAAGCAAGCUAGAGUAGGCACUGGACAGCACACCUACUACUACUGAAAGGACUCCCUUCCAGCCGAGUCUCAGCUACUAUACGCUCUCCAGCCCCUGAGGGCUGGAGUGGGAACCUGCGGAGCAGGGAUUGUAAGGUGCUCUGACUAAACCGACGACGUUGAGAGUGGAUCCUGGCCACAUUUUUUAAAGGCACUAGGCCUAAGGCUAGUAACCCCUACCCCUGGCCCACUUCUCCAGCCUUAACCUCAGCCACACCCACAAGCCCAUAUCCAGCCAUCCUCAUGGACCCCAGUGAUUUCCCCAGUCCAUUUGAUCCAUUGACCCUGCCAGAGAAGCCCCUGGCUGUAGAUCUUCCAGUAGGGAUGGAAUUUGGAGAGGAUCUGCUGGAAUCCCAGACUGCCCCAACUCGAGGAUGGGCGCCCCCUGGCCCUUCUCCAUCCUCAGGAGCCCUGGACUUGCUUGAUACCCCUGCUGGCCUGGAAAAAGACCCUGGAGUCCUGGAUGGAGCCACUGAGCUGCUGGGGCUGGGGGGGCUACUCUAUAAAGCCCCCUCUCCCCCAGAAGUGGACCAUGGUCCUGAAGGGACCCUUGCAUGGGAUGCAGGGGAUCAGACCCUAGAGCCUGGACCAGGGGGCCAAACUCCUGAGGUGGUGCCCCCUGAUCCGGGGGCUGGGGCAAAUCCCUCUUCGCCUGAGGGGCUCUUAGAGCCUUUGGCUCCAGAUUCUCCAAUAACCCUGCAGUCCCCUCAUACCGAAGAGGAAGAAACCACUUCCAUAGCUACAGGGAGAAGGGGUCCUCCUGGGCAGGAGGAGGAGCUUCCCCAAGGACAGCCACCUAGCCCAAAUGGACCCCCUAGCCCUUCAGUGGGAGAGACUUUGGGGGAUGGAAUCAACAGUUCUCAGACCAAACCUGGGGGCUCCAGCCCCCCUGCACAUCCUUCCUUGCCAGGAGAUGGCCUGACUGGAAAGGCGAGUGAGAAGCCGCCUGAGAGGGUACAGAAGAGAAGCGAGCGCGUUAGGAGAGCAGAGCCUCCAAAACCCGAGGUUGUGGAUUCCACUGAGAGCAUUCCAGUGUCAGAUGAGGAUUCUGAUGCCAUGGUAGAUGACCCCAAUGAUGAGGACUUUGUGCCAUUCCGGCCCCGGCGUUCUCCUCGUAUGUCCCUGCGCUCAAGUGUGGCACAAAGGGCUGGGCGCUCUUCAGGGGGUACCAAGAUGACUUGUGCACACUGCCGGACACCACUGCAGAAGGGGCAGACGGCCUAUCAGCGCAAGGGGCUGCCUCAGCUCUUCUGUUCUUCAUCUUGUCUCACCACUUUCUCCAAGAAGCCCUCGGGCAAGAAGACCUGUACCUUUUGCAAGAAGGAGAUCUGGAACACCAAGGACUCAGUUGUGGCACAGACUGGCUCAGGAGGCUCCUUCCAUGAGUUCUGCACAUCUGUCUGUCUCUCCUUAUACGAGGCCCAGCAGCAGCGCCCAGUCCCCCAGUCUGGGGGUCCAGCCGAUGCCACCCGCGUCCUGCAUGAGGUCAGCAAUGGCAGCGUGGUGCACCGGCUCUGCAGCGAUUCUUGCUUCUCCAAAUUCCGGGCCAACAAGGGACUGAAAACCAACUGUUGUGACCAGUGUGGGGCUUAUAUCUACACCAAGACCGGGAGCCCUGGCCCCGAGCUCCUCUUCCACGAGGGCCAACAAAAGCGGUUCUGCAACACAACCUGCUUGGGGGCAUACAAGAAGAAAAACACACGUGUGUACCCAUGUGUCUGGUGCAAGACCCUGUGUAAGAACUUUGAGAUGCUAUCACAUGUGGAUCGUAAUGGCAAGACCAGCUUGUUCUGUUCCCUGUGCUGUACCACUUCUUACAAAGUGAAGCAGGCAGGGCUCACUGGCCCUCCCCGACCCUGCAGCUUCUGCCGCCGCAGCCUCUCUGACCCCUGUUACUACAACAAGGUUGAUCGCACAGUCUACCAGUUCUGCAGCCCCAGCUGCUGGACCAAGUUCCAGCGCACAAGCCCUGAGGGGGGCAUUCACCUGAGCUGUCACUACUGCCACAGCCUCUUCAGUGGCAAGCCUGAGGUCUUGGACUGGCAGGACCAGGUGUUCCAGUUCUGCUGCCGUGAUUGCUGUGAGGACUUCAAGCGGCUUCGGGGUGUGGUGUCCCAGUGCGAGCACUGCCGGCAGGAAAAACUCCUGCAUGAGAAACUCCGGUUCAGUGGGGUAGAGAAGAGCUUCUGCAGUGAAGGCUGUGUGCUGCUGUACAAACAAGACUUCACUAAGAAGCUGGGCUUGUGCUGUAUCACUUGUACCUACUGCUCCCAGACUUGCCAGCGUGGCGUCACUGAACAGCUGGAUGGCAGCACCUGGGACUUUUGCAGUGAGGACUGUAAGAGCAAGUACCUGCUAUGGUACUGCAAGGCUGCCCGGUGCCAUGCUUGUAAGCGCCAGGGGAAGCUGCUAGAGACUAUCCACUGGCGUGGGCAGAUCCGUCAUUUCUGCAACCAACAGUGUCUGCUACGCUUCUACAGCCAGCAGAACCAACCCAAUUUGGAUACCCAGAGUGGGCCCGAGAGCCUUCUGAACAGUCAGUCUCCUGAGUCAAAGCCCCAGGCACCCUCUCAAACCAAAGUGGAAAACAGCAACACAGUGAGGACCCCAGAGGAAAAUGGGAAUUUGGGCAAGCUGGUGACACCCCGCAAAAACAAAGCUGCCAUGUGUAAGCCGCUGAUGCAGAAUCGGGGAGUCUCCUGCAAGGUAGAGAUGAAGUCCAAAGGGAGUCAGACAGAAGAGUGGAAGCCACAGGUGAUUGUGCUGCCCAUCCCAGUGCCCAUCUUUGUGCCAGUGCCUAUGCAUCUGUACUGCCAGAAAGUCCCGGUGCCUUUCUCGAUGCCUAUUCCAGUGCCUGUGCCCAUGUUCUUGCCCACUACCUUGGAGAGCACAGAUAAAAUUGUGGAGACCAUUGAAGAGCUGAAGGUGAAGAUCCCUUCCAACCCCUUGGAGGCCGACAUCCUGGCUAUGGCAGAAAUGAUUGCAGAGGCUGAGGAGUUAGACAAAGCUUCAUCUGACCUUUGUGAUCUUGUGAGCAACCAAAGUGCAGAGGGACUUCUGGAAGACUGCGACCUGUUUGGGCCAGCUAGAGAUGAUGUCCUGGCCAUGGCUGUCAAGAUGGCAAACGUCUUGGAUGAGCCUGGACAAGACUUGGAAGCAGACUUCCCCAAGAAUCCUUUGGACAUUAACCCCAGCGUAGACUUCUUAUUUGAUUGUGGCCUGGUAGGGCCUGAGGAUGUGUCUACUGAACAAGACCUUCCCCGAACCAUGAGGAAGGGUCAGAAGCGACUGGUGCUUUCAGAAAGCUGUUCCCGGGACUCCAUGAGCAGCCAGCCUAGUUGUACUGGACUCAACUAUUCGUAUGGCGUCAAUGCUUGGAAGUGCUGGGUACAAUCAAAAUACGCCAAUGGAGAAACCAGCAAGGGUGAUGAGCUGCGCUUUGGCCCCAAACCCAUGCGUAUCAAAGAGGAUAUUCUCGCCUGCUCGGCUGCUGAGCUCAACUAUGGUUUGGCCCAGUUUGUGAGAGAAAUCACUCGGCCCAACGGCGAACGAUAUGAACCCGACAGUAUCUACUACCUGUGUCUUGGCAUCCAGCAGUACUUGCUAGAAAAUAACCGAAUGGUGAACAUUUUCACGGACCUUUACUACCUGACUUUUGUUCAAGAACUCAACAAGUCUCUGAGUACCUGGCAGCCCACACUCCUCCCCAACAAUACGGUGUUCUCCCGAGUGGAGGAAGAGCACCUCUGGGAGUGUAAGCAGCUGGGGGUCUACUCGCCUUUUGUCCUUCUCAACACCCUCAUGUUCUUCAACACUAAGUUUUUUGGGCUGCAGACAGCUGAGGAACACAUGCAGCUCUCCUUCACCAAUGUGGUGCGGCAAUCUCGCAAGUGUACCACCCCUCGGGGCACCACCAAGGUGGUGAGCAUCCGCUACUAUGCCCCAGUCCGCCAGAGGAAAGGGCGAGACACAGGUCCUGGCAAACGGAAGAGAGAAGAUGAAACUCCUAUCUUAGAGCAGCGUGAGAACCGCAUGAACCCUCUCCGCUGCCCUGUCAAAUUCUAUGAAUUCUAUCUCUCAAAAUGUCCCGAAAGCCUCCGGACUCGCAACGAUGUGUUCUACCUGCAACCGGAACGAUCCUGCAUCGCUGAGUCACCUCUCUGGUAUUCUGUGAUCCCCAUGGACCGCAGCAUGUUGGAGAGUAUGCUCAAUCGCAUUCUGGCUGUGCGGGAGAUUUAUGAGGAACUGGGUCGCCCUGGGGAGGAUGACCUGGACUGAGCCCAUGUGCCAUCCGUAUCCAUCUUACACAUCAGUUUCUAUCCUGUAGUCAUGUCCCACAGUGUGACUGGCCCAGGAACCAAUGCUACUCAAUGCUGAAGGGCCCCAACUGCCCCUUCCUACUCACCCAUUCCCUGCCUUCCCUAGGAACCACGGGCUUUUACCUUAUUCCAGACCAUUGGACAACCAUGGGGUUGAGUUUUCUGUACUCAGGGGCUGGUCUCCCAGUGAUGGGCAGACACCAGCUAGCCCAUUUCAGUAUGCUUUGGAGUAAACCUCUUCUGGGGCCAGACUCUUGAGCAGAGUGCUGACAGCUCUGGAUAUCCUGGUGGCUUUGGGUCUCUGACCUAUCCUGCAUAGGUAAAGCCUCUUGUUCCUAGGUUUGACCUAGGAAAGAACCCAGCUGCCUUCUCUGCCCUGUGUCCAUCCCUUCUCCACCCUUAUCCAGUACCACACGAAAGGGUCUUGUCUGCAAGGUAUCGAAGAAACUGAAAGUAAUGAGGGGACCAUUUACCUAAAACACAGAGCUUAGACACUCUUCCCCUCUUGUGAAGUAUUAUUGGUCAUUGGCUCCCUCUCACCACCGUGUCCCUCACCUCACCCAGCAAGCACCAGCCCUUGGUGCUGCAAUGAAAAAUCUUCCAAAUGCUUUCUUUUUCUCAAAGGCAAAGAAUGACUCUUAAUUAUGGGGAGCAGACUCCGUGUGCAGACUCCUGUCCCCUUGGUUUAUGUGUUUGUCUCUCUCUGCCAUCUUAGGUUGGCAUGAGCCAUGGUGUCAACAUGCUUAGCCCCCCUCUGUAACUGCCUCCCUUUAGUUCAAUGGACAGAGCUCCCAAGGCAAAAACUACCUUGCUACUUGGGUUGGGGCUGGGUUCCCCACUCUUGUAUUCCUCUAUAAUAAGAGCCGGGCCAAGACUAGGGUGGGGGGGUCUGGGCCAUGCAGGAUGGGGUCUGGUCAAAGGAUAGGUGAGGAGCUGUGGUGUGGGCCCUCCUUUCUGCCUACGUCUUCCCCAUCUUGCUGGUAUAGUCUCAGAAAAUUAGUAGCGGCGUCUGGCAAAGGGGGUACCCAGUUCUUUCCCAGUUGGCUUUGCUGUUCCCCAGCCUCCUUUUUGUGUUUUUAUAACUGUCACCAGUUUAGCCACUGUUUAAAGUGUAUAUAUUGUUCUGAGGCGCCUGGCCUGUCCCUUCAGUGAGCCAUGCCCGCCCUUGUGUUGUAGUGAGAAGCUGUUGUCACGACUAACCUUCUGUCUAUGGAAUUGUUUGUUUCAAAUAAAGAGUUAAAAUUGU